UAGGUUUUGCUCCCAUGGACAGAUAUUGAUAAGCCAACCGGCUGGUCGGUAUCCCCAACUCCAACUCCAACCCCAAUUCCAUUCCCAAUCCCAAUACCAAUCCCGGCUGCAUGUGGCAGUGCAAUUUAUGGGAUCAACAGACCCGUUAGUGCCAAAUUACAAAUGGGCCCAUGGCAGCCAAGUGCAAAACAGACGUGGCAAUAACCAACAAGACAUUAACCCGGCGCGGCAAGCUGCAGCGCAUGCCUCGAUACCUCGACAACGAUACCCUUCGCCCCGGUACAUCGGUUACCCUGAUUCCUCGACUCCUCGAUGACUGCCCAGCUGCACUGCGUUUUGGUCGCAUAUGCUCCAUCGCCCAAUAAUUGCCAGCUUUGGAGCAGGACCCCCCUCUGUACACUGAGGGAAAUUUACGAUAAUAUUUUUGAAGUGCACUUGAAUCAGAGGGAGGCUGGAAUCGAAGCCAGCGGCGAUUCGGCCAGAUACGAGUGCAGUUGCAGUUGCAAGUCGCAGAGCGGCGAUCCAGCGGAUUUGCCAGAACGCCAGAGGAACAGAGCGCCGGUGCGACGGGAUGACGGAGGAACUAACCGUCGCUGGCCACAAAAGCAUAAAACAAUAAAGUUGGGCGCUGCGCAAAGAAUAAUCGCAUAAAUCAUGCGGACUCGCGGCGGCGGCGUCUAAACUCCACUAACGGCAACGAGGCUAGCUCCGCAACUCCGCAACUCGGCAACUCGGCAACUUGGAGCUUGGGCCUUGGAUG